UUCAGCCAUUUAUGAUGGGAAAAAUGGAACAAGUCAUUCCCAUGCAAAUAGAUGUCUCCAAAACUUUCAAGAGCACUUCUGACAAAGUGUUGGACUUCUUGGUAGAUUCAAUGUUCGAAUUCGUCGAUCAAGAGUAUCUUCCAUCUCAGAGCAACUUCAGGCCGGUUGAUGAGUUGGGAGGAGUAGUUGCUGUCACCAGCAGCAUCAGAGGGAAAAUCCCAGAUGAUUUUCCAGAGGGUGUCUACAUAAGAAAUGGGCCAAACCCUCUAUUUGGAGGAUUUAAAUCGACAAGAUCUGUGUUUGGAAGGUCAAGUCACAUAUGGGUUGAAGGAGAAGGUAUGCUACAUGCUUUAUAUUUUAGUAGGGACGGCGACGUCAAUGAUGGAGGCUGGACUGUCCGGUACAACAACAGACACGUUGAAACGGAAACGUUCAAGCUUGAAAAACAGAGAAACAAGCCGUCUUUUCUUCCCGCCAUAGGCGGGGACUCGCCGGCUAUUUUGGCCGCUUACCUCCUCAAUUUGUUGAGGUUUGGCAAAGUGAACAAGUAUUAUAGUAACACCAAUGUUUUCGAGCAUUCGGGGAAGUUCUACUCCGUAGCAGAAAAUCACAUACCUCAAGAGAUUGACAUCAUUACAUUAGAAACUUUAGGCAACUGGGAUUUCUCUGGAGCUUGGAACAGACCUUUUACCAGCCACGCUAAGAGAGCUCCAGGCUCAGAGGAGCUGGUCAUUCACGGAUUUGACGCAGGAAAACCAUAUAUGGAAAUUGGAAUAAUUUCAGCUGAUGGAAAGGAGCUAAUUCACAAAGUAGAUCUCAAACUCAGUAGGAGCAGCUUUUUCCAUGAAUUAGGGAUCACAGAGAGGUAUAAUGUACUCAUGGAUUUUCCUCUAACUUUUGACAUAAACAGACUCGUUAACGGAGGCCCAUUAUUAGAGUACAAUCAUGAAGGAUAUGCACGAAUCGGUGUGAUGCCACGCUACGGCGAUGCAGAUUCAAUCUGCUGGUUUAAAGUUGAACCCAAUUGCACAUUUCACAUAAUCAAUAGUUUUGAAGAUGGUGAUGAGAGGUGGAUCGUUCCAUUGUUGUAG